ACAAUUACGGUAAAACAUGGCAGCCUACUGGCCACUCAUGCGCUUAUGUUAGCCAGAAUGUUCUAGCGCCUUCGUGAGUUUGUGCCUAUAAGAAGAGUCAUCCUCUUGGACUGUCACAAGGAUUCCGUGCUCGCAUUCAUCAAGUAUCGCGUUUAUAGCCUUUUAAAGUUUGAUCAACAUGGCAGACGGCAGACAAAAUAGGAGAUAUCCUCAGAAUCUUCAGGGGGUACUGCAGUUGGCAAUCGAUGCUGGCUCCGGUGCAGACGGACCCACUCCCGUUGAACCCAUUUCACAGGAGAGGAGUUUGUGGUUGAGGGAGGCUCUUGCAGAUGUCUGCAAAGGUCAGAUGGAUGAAGUGGAGCAGAUGAAGCGGUGUUUGACAGCCCUGAACAAAGAGGACGUGAACGAAGAGGAGGACAGGGAUGAGGAUGAGGAAGAUGAGCGCGAGUCGGCCUUUGAGCUGCUGUCAGACUUGUGUGAAAACCUUGACAACGCCAGAGAUCUGAUGGUCCUGGGUGGACUGGACGUGUGCGUCUCCAAAUAUUUGUGUCACGCCCAAAGUGGGUUGAGGUGGCGCGCUGCUCAGCUCAUAGCUUCCUGCGCUCAGAACAUGCCACAAGUGCAGGUCCACUUGCUCAAGAUUGGCGCUCUGCCUAAACUUCUACAGCUGACGGAUUCGGACCCGCACCCCACAGUGAGGGUGAAAGCCCUGUAUGCGGUGUCAUGUCUGGUCCGAGAGCAGGAGGCGGGACUGGAGGCGUUUCUGUCUCAUGAUGGCUUCUCGGUGCUGAUGAGAGGCAUGCAGUCUGAAGACGAGAAGCUCCAGACCAAAUCGGCAUUCCUUCUUCUUAACCUUCUCACAUCGAAUCCUGAACAAAAAGACACGGUGAUCUCGAUGGGGAUGGUGCAGCAGCUGGUCUCCGUGCUCCGCAUGCCGCAUUCCCGGUUUCAUGAGCACGUGCUUGGCGCCCUUUGUUGCCUGGUGGAAGACUGUGAGAAGGGCCUUAAAGACUGCAGGGAACCAUCUCUCGGUCUGGAGGAUUUACUGCGACUGCGAGCCAGGGAGCUCCAAGGGAAAGAUGAAAAUCAGGAAGAACUGGAAUUCUGCGAGCGUCUGAGGAUGGCUUGUUUUCGGAGACGCCAGUCAGAUGAUCACGGAAUGGACCGCUGACCUGUGAUGAUGACCGCGUUUGUUAGUUUGGACAGUCAAACCAUUUAUGCAUGUACUGUAUAACUAGCCCGUCCUCGCCAUCUUUGUUUUUAAGAUUGUUAAUAGUUAAAUCAAAUGCAAUAUAUUUGUAUUUUUUAUUUCUCAAAGGACUGUCAUCUCGGUUGUCUGUAAAACAAGACUUACAUUUUUUCUGUUAUUUAUUCAUAAGAAAACGCAAACGAGUGGCUUUAUACAUAUGAUCGGUUCACAUAGGCAACUCAUGAAGAAAUCUAUAUUCAUGUUCAUCCGUGAAAUAUUGUAAAUAUAUUGGAGACAUUUGGUACAGAUGCAGAAUCAAAUAAAAUCUCAUCCGAGAGCAAUACAAUCUGAGAAUAAAACAGGACAUUAAGAGCUAAAGCA